AUGGAACAAGUGUUCAAGUGCGGUGCGUGGAGGGCCGUGGGGCUGUCACCCGCGAACUGCGGCCGUUGGUGGUGGGGAGGGAGACACCGCUCCACUCGGGAGCAGUGGCCCCCGCCCUUUGCACUGCCAGCCGCGCGUGGGGAUGAGGAAGGGCCACCCCGAGGUGGGGAUGGUGGUGGUCAGCUUCCCCCACUGGCCCUCCCGGAGGGUGCUCGGGUGGUGACUGACUCCCGUACUUCCCGUGGGGGCCUGUCCCCGCAGAGCCGGCCACGACCGUGGCACAAGUUGUACGAGAGAGGGGCUGGGCAGGCUUCACCAGCCAACAGGGAGUCAUGGAGCUCACGAGUGGGUGACUUCUCAAAGGCGAGGAAGAGCCUGGAACGAAAGCCUCUGUCCAUCGAGAGGACUAAAGGCUCAGAGAUCUUAUUUGGGAUCGCACCGUGUUCCCUGGCCCUCUCCCAGUCGAGAAGGGACCUGUUCAGGUUGUUCCUCAAGCAAAGCAGUGGCUCUCGGCGGCUUGUUAUGAGUGAGUUUGUCCUUCAGGCCAUGGCCCGGGGAGUCCCUGUGCACCACGUCAAAAGAAGAGAGCUGGAUGCUCUGUGCAGAGGUCAGGUCCACCAGGGAGUUUGUUUGGAGGCCACUCCUCUCCGUUUCAAGAGUUUGGAGGAAGCUGAAAAACCUGAUUUGGGGGAUGAAGAGAGUCCGAACCGACAGCUGAUUUGGCUGGUGUUGGAGCAGAUUCAGGAUCCCAUGAACCUGGGGGCACUGCUGCGCUCUGCGUACUUCUUGGGGGUGGACAGAGUGGUGACAAGCCAGAAGAACAGCUGCCCCUUGACUCCAACAGUGAGCAAAGCUAGUUCUGGAGCUAUGGAAGUCUUCGAUGUCUACAGCACAGAUGAUCUCCGGAGCUUUUUGAAGGCUAAAACUGCAGAAGGCUGGGAAGUCGUGGGAACAGUCAGCAAGCCUGAGGAUGUGGAAAAUGUUCCUGUCAUCAGUUGCUUGGAAUUUCAGUGGAAUAAACCCGUUAUUAUAGUAAUAGGUAGCGAAGGUGACGGACUUUCCCUGGAGACGCAGCUCUUGUGCCAUCGGAUGCUGGCCAUACCCCCUGGCAGGGUGCUUCACCCCGGGAUUGAGUCACUGAACGUCUCUGUUGCUACUGGUAUUCUCCUGCACUCCAUCUGCAGCCAAAAGCUGAGGCAUGUAUUUAAUAAGUUGAGGCAGUUCACUGGGUUUGUGUGUGCCUGGGAAAGCUGGGCGCUUUCAGACUGUGCUUACCCACGCCGGCUCACCCUCUCUGAGGAGGAGGCAGCCUCGCUCAACAAGUGCAGCACCCACGGGGCCGGCAGCGGCUGUGCCGAUCGAUCGGGGCUGGGGCCGGGGCCGUGCCUGCCCUGCCUGGUAUUGACGGAUCGAAGCGGCGAGCGGGGCCCAGGCUGGGAAGCAACGGCUGCUGGCGGGGAGGGGGAGGGGGCUGUGGUGGGGGCGUCCCCAGGGCUCGCGCUCCUACUGGACCGAGCAUCACCCGAGCAUCCUCCCGGCACGGGGAACGCGGCUGCCCCACCUCGCCGCAGGGUCGGGCUGGGGACGAUGCUGCAGAGAGAAUAUUUGUUAAUAUUGAACUAUGGACAGGUGCGAGGGAAGGUGCAUACCCCUUGUGCCCUCACCCUUCCCCUUCCUUCCCACCCGAGCCCCCAGCAGCUCCCGGGCGGUGGGUCGGCCGCGGGGGACGGGCACCCCAUGGUGCUGGGAUGCCUCUGCCUGCCCGAGUCCCCGGGAUUGCCCCGGAUGGGAUCUCCGCUCCAGCGGCUUGUUCCCUUCGAACAUCCAAAUCCCAUCGGUGACAGUCGCAGAGGGGAUGAGGAGGGCGUGCUGCCUUCCUCCGCUGGCCGGGGAUGCUGCGGUGGCACCGUGGCCAAACAGAUGUGA